AUGGGUUGUGUUGUGUCUAAGAAAGGUGAAGAAGAAGAUGUAGUUUUGCUUUGUAAAGAGAGAAAACGGCAGUUGAAAUUGGCUGUAGAGUGCAGGUAUGCGUUUGCAGAUGCACAAUGCAAGUACAAUCACUCUCUCUAUGCAGUAGCAGCUGCCAUAAGGUUGUUUGUAGCAAGACAUUCCUCUCCUUCUUCUCCAUUUCUCAUCACUUUUCCUUCUACUAAUUCCUCUGAGACCACUGAGACCAUCAUCUCCAACAACCCCAUGUUCCUUCAACAGAGGCCAUCUGAACCCAACUACCAAACCAUUGGUUGCCCAUUUUCUGAUUCUGCAAAUUCUAUAAGCCCUCCAAAGGUAGAUAAAGAAAAACAACUGCAAGAAAACCCAAAUGGCAGAGAAGAAGAUGAAGAGGGUGGUGAUGAUGAUAGUGAGACUGAUGAGGAGGAAGUGGCUUGUGAGCAUUUUUAUAGUGGGAUGGCUCCAACAAUGGCAUCACCACAGAGAGAUUUUGGUUGGGAUUUCUUUAAUCCAUUCUUUGAUGGUGUGAGAACAGAGAUGGGAAAUGGGUUGAGUCAGAACUCUGAUGAGGAUUUGAGACUGGUGAGAGAGAAAGAAGGGAUUCCUGAGUUGGAAGAUGAUGGAGAAAGAGUAAUAAGUGAUGAGAAGGUUGGAGAUUUAAGUAAUUGUGAUGUGGGUCAGGAAGAGAAUGGUGGGACUGAGGCUGUGACAGAAAGAGAGGAUGCUAAUGUGAGCCAAGGGGAGCAAAAUGGUCUCAGGGUGAUUGAUACACCCACAAAUGGGAGGGAAUUGUUGGAAGCAUUGAAAGAUGUUGAGGACCAUUUCCUUAGGGCCUAUGAUUCUGGUUUGGAUGUUUCCAGGAUGCUAGAGACCAACAUGGUUCAAAUGCAAUCUGCCUUGGAGGAAAUUAAAGAAAAUUCAAGUAAGCUCAUGCGGUCAAUCACACGGAGCCGCUCCACUUCAUCCACAUUAUCUUGGUCUUCCUCCUGUAAAAGUCUCCUUACAUCUAGCUCCAAAAGUUCUUCAACGUGGACUCAAUUCAAUAAUGAUCUCUUUGAUGACAAUGGAGUUAUGGGAUCUGGGAGUCAUUCGUUAACACUAGGAAGGCUAUAUGCUUGGGAGAAGAAACUCUUUGAGGAGGUGAAGGCUGGAGAAGAAACCAGGAGAAUAUAUGAGAGAAAAUGCUCCCAGUUGAGAAACCAAGAUACUAGAGGAGAUGGCCUCAACACUGGGAACAAAAUUGUAGUUGAAGUACAAGACUUGUAUACCAGAAUUUUGGUUGCCAUAAGAAGUGCUGAAUCAAUCUCCAAAAGAAUCCAAAAACUCAGAGAUGAAGAGCUGCAGCCACAACUUGUUGAUCUGCUACAUGGCCUAAUGAGAAAUUGGAAGAUACUGUCAGAAUCUCAUGAAACCCAAAACAGAAUCAUGUCUGAAGUGAAAUCUCUCAACCUUCCAUCCUAUGGAAUGUUCUGCAAUGACUCACACCAGCUUGCUACUCUUAAGCUUGAAGCAGAACUUCAAAAUUGGCGUGCUUGCUUUGCUUCGUAUGUUUCUUCACAGAAGGCGUAUAUUGAAGCUCUUGCUGGUUGGCUCUUCAAGUUUGUUACCCCUGAAACUGAAUUCCACUUGAAGGGUAUGUCUUCGCUUCAAACGUGUAGAGUCAAGGGGCCAACAUUACUUGGAAUCUGUCAUGAUUGGCUAGCUUGCCUGGAUAAGCUACCUGAUGAAGCAGUGACUUAUGCCAUGAAAAGCUUUGGGAAGGAUGUCCGAGCCCUGAUGGUUCAACAAGGUGAAGAGCAUCAACAAAAGAGGAAGGUUGAUGGACUUGCCAGAGAACUUGACAGGAAGGUUUUGGCAUUUGAAAGGACAGAGAGAAGGGUUCUUGGGUUGAAGUUUUCUGAGCAGGAAACAGAACUGCAUGUACGGAAUCGCAUCGAGUAUUUGAGUGAGAUGAAGGACCAGUUGGACAUGUUUAGGAAGAGGCUAGAGGCAGAGAAGGUGAAACAUCAUUCCAGUAUGCAUGAGACACAACAUAUUGCUGUGAAUGGAUUUCAGACAGGGUUUUCUUCAGUUUUUGAAGCCUUGGCCGGGUUUUCAAAGAGUGCUAUGAAAAUGUAUGAUGGCCUUAUAGCAUUCAGUGAAAACACAAUGGGAUUCGAUGAAAAAAAUAACAACCCAUCAUAA